AUGGCUAAUAAGCCCAGCGUCUUGUUCGUCUGCGUCCACAACGCCGGUCGUUCGCAAAUGGCCGCCGGAUUCCUUAAUCAUCUUGCUGGUGACACCGUUGAAGUUCGCUCCGCCGGAUCGGCCCCAGUCGACUCUAUUAAUCCCGCCGUCGUCGAAGCCAUGCGUGAAGAAGGCAUCGACCUCAGCAACCAAACCCCCAAGAUCCUAACUUCCAACGCGGUUGAAGCCAGCGAUGUUGUCAUCACUAUGGGUUGUGGGGAUGUCUGCCCGUUCUUUCCUGGAAAGCGCUAUCUCGACUGGAAACUUGAGGACCCUGCCGGGCAAGGCUUAGACGCUGUGCGGGUUAUCCGUCACGAAAUCCGUCAUCGUGUUGAGAGUCUGAUCUUGGAUCUCCGGUCCCAUGGCUCAAACAUUUGA